AUUUUGUUUUCAUUAAUAAGGCGUACUCUCGCAACAUACCGAAACCCUACGGCUCAUAUCAGUCGCCGGCGACGCCGUUCUUCCAUCAUCCAACACCGUCCAGCUCCGGCGAUUCUCCGUAACAAUGGCUGGAAAAGCUGUGAAAUCAGUAGCAAAAGCAGUUGGAGAAAAUCAAUAUCAAUGGCAAGAGAAGUUGGCAAAAUACAAAGCCGAGCUUUCCAAGGGAGUUUGGGGUUACUGGGAACUUGGGGCAUGGAAACCAUUGGGCAUAAGUGCUCGCCAUCGAGCUCGCCUACGCAAGGAAGUUCUCCUUGCUGGACAAGAUUGGCCAUAUGAUCCAGAGAGGAAGGAAAUGAGAACCAAGCAGAAAGGACAUAAGUGUGACAGAAUAUCAGCAGAAAAGCGGGAGAAGACGGCUGAACUGAUGCAGAAAAUGCCGGAAAUGUUAGCUGAUUAUAGGAAGAGAAGAUGGGAGAGGAAGAUGAAAGCAGAAGAAGAUGCUGCUAGAAGAGCAGUACAAGAGUAGGUUUUUACUUUAACAACGUAAGAUCUGAUAAUUGACAUGGGAUCGUUUCUCUUUACAAUAUAAUUCUGUACUGGCAGCUUGGAUGUUUUAAGAGUUUCAGUCAUUUGCAGUAUCAAAUAAUUUUGAGCAUUAUGUCCUUUUGUCUAGCUUUCCUUAAUUUUGAGAUUUGAAAACUGACUUU